AUGUCCGACAAAGGAGCAUCGCGGUUCACACCGCAGAACAAAACAACAAAUGAGCGUCUCUCAACACAUACAGUCGGUCUUGUCGCCCUCUCCGAUUUCCGCAAGCGCCGCGCCGAGGUCCUCGAGCAACAGGAGCGCGAACAUCGCGAAGCUGCCUUCUCAGGCACAUCGACACCAGACGCCUCUAUGACCCCCGACAACGCUGGCAGCGACGCAGGAAGUGGAGCGAAGCCAUUGAAGAAGAAAAAAAAAAGAAACAGGGCCAGAAAGGCCAGCGCAGACGAAACCGAAGGAAGCGAGGGAGAGUUUAAGGCGAAGUUUAAGGCCAAUUCUUCUGUGGGAAUAGUCCCCAAGGCUAUGACAAAAUCUGCACUGCGCAAAGAAGCCGCCGAACGAGACGGUUUGCGACGCGAAUUCUUGGCCAUUCAACAAGCUGUCAAGUCGACCGAGAUCGCGCUACCUUUUGUUUUUUACGACGGGAGCCAUAUCCCCGGUGGUGUUGUCAGAUUAAAGAAGGGCGAUUUCAUCUGGGUGUUCCUGGACAAGAGUCGAAAGGUUGGCGCCGAUUUGGGCGUUGGAGAAAAGGCGAACGCAAGGAGGGAAUGGGCUAGAGUCGGCGUGGAUGACUUGAUGCUUGUUCGCGGAACGGUCAUUAUACCUCACCAUUAUGACUUUUACUUCUUCGCCAUGAACAAGACCCCCGGCCCUGACGGCGAACCUGUAUUCAAGUACAGCGCGGAACCCCCUCGAAAACCUGAACCGACCGUUGAUACAGAUCCCAGUGAUCCUCUGACCACUGCUUCCUCCAAGGCUGCCGCUGCGGCGGCUGCUGCUAGGGCGCUGCCCGAUAUAAGCACCCUCGAGGGCGCUGAUGAGGAUCCCACUCUCACCAAAGUUGUCGACCGGAGGUGGUAUGAGAGGAAUAAACAUAUCUUCCCUGCUAGUAUGUGGCAGGAGUUUGACCCUGAAAAGGACUACGGGAAGGAGGUGCGGAAGGAUGCUGGUGGUAACACGUUCUUCUUCUCGCGCUGA